UUUACUUUUUCUCUCUUCUUAAUUUCUCUUUGCUACCGAACACACACCCUAACAGAUUCUCCUUAUCUUCUCCUCUCUUUCUCUUCUCACAGACACUACAUUUUCUCCAAACUCAAACUACAACAUCAUCGUUACUAUCAAUGACAACAUUUUCAACUGAAUUCUUGUCACACACUCUCAAUUUCAGAAACCACCCAAACCGCACCUCUCGCCACUCAAAUCCCAACUCCAUCGUCACUUCCUCAACCCCACUUCUAAACGAAGGCAACACUAAUAAUAAUCGAAGAACACCAAUCAACCAAGAACAAUUCAGAGUCAAUGAAACAAGGCCAAAACUUGUUCAAAAUUGCGACUUUCGAGACAAAAAUUCCAUCAAAGCUCUCUACAAGUCAUGCAAAUUAGCUAAGUACGAUGAGUCUCUCUACUUACUUCAGCGAAUGGUUAAUAGGGGUUAUAAACCUGAUGUUAUUCUUUGCACACAAUUGAUUAAGGGUUUUUUCAAUUCUAAGAAAAUCGAGAAAGCUAUUCAAAUUAUGGAGAUUUUGGAAAAGCACGGUGAGCCUAAUGUUUUCGCUUAUAAUGCUGUUCUAAAUGGGUUUUGUAAAGCUGAUAGAGUUGAUGCUGCUAAUAAGGUGCUUGAUAAAAUGAAAAAGAGAGGUUUUUUUCCUAAUGUUGUUACUUACACUAUUCUUAUUGGGAAUUUUUGUAAGAGGGGUAAACUUGAUUUGGCUUUAAGGGUUAUGGAUCAGUUGUUGAAAGAAAAUUGUAAACCAACUGUUAUAACUUAUACUAUUUUGAUUGAAGCAACUAUUAUUGAACGUGGUAUUGAUGAAGCUUUGAAGCUUUUGGAUGACAUGUCAUCGAGAGGGCUUCAACCUAAUGCGUAUACUUACAAUGUUGUUGUUAAUGGUAUGUGUAGAAAAGGGAUGUUGGAUAGAGCUUUUGAGUAUCUUAGUAGUAUAAGUAGUAAGGGCUGUGUUGCUGGUGUGAGUACUUAUAACAUUCUGUUGAAGAGUCUUUUGAAUGAAGGGAAAUGGGAAGCUGGGGAACGUUUGAUGUCGGAUAUGUUGGAUAAAGGUUGUGAGCCGAGUUCUGUGAUGUACAACACUUUGAUUGGUUCGCUUUGUUGUAAUGGAAAAAUUGAUGAGGCUGUGAAUGUGUUGAAGAGUAUGAAGAAGAGCGGUUUGGCUCCCAAUGUUGCAACUUAUAAUUAUCUUAUUGAAGCAACUAUUAUCAAAGGUGGUAUCGACGAAGCUAUGAAGCUUUUGGAUGAGAUGUUGUCGAGAGGGCUUCGACCUAAUGUGCAUACUUACAAUGUUGUUGUUAAUGGAAUGUGUAGAGAAGGGUUGUUGGAUAGAACUUUUGAGUAUUUGGAUAAAAUGAUAUCAGAUGGUCGUUUGCCUGAUAUUAGUUGCUAUGACUCGAUCUUGGCUUCUCUGUGUAAGAAUGGACAUGUUGGUGAAGCUUUGCACAUCUUGAAGAAGCUCAGUGAAGUGGGCUGUCCUCCAGAUGCAAGUUCUUAUAAUACAUUGUUUGAUGCAUUGUGGAGCAGCGGCAAUGAAAUUAGAGCGUUAUGGAUGAUUCUAGAGAUGUUAAGCAAAGGCAUUGAUCCUAAUGAGAUCACCUAUAAUUCACUUAUUUCUUGCUUGUGCAUAGAUGGAUUGGUGGAUCAGGCAAUUGAGUUGCUGGUUGACAUGAUGGAGAGUCGCAAGUUUCAGCCUACUGUUAUUACUUACAAUGCUGUUAUUCAUGGAUUGUGCAAGGUGCAAAGAGUCAUAGAUGCUAUUGAGGUGCUUGCUGCUAUGAAUCAGAGAGGAUGCUUGCCAAAUGAAACAACCUACACAUUGUUGAUUCGAGGGAUUGGUAUUGGAGGAUGGCGAAAUGACGCUAUGGAGUUGGCUAACUCACUUGUUAACAUGGAUGCUAUUUCGCAAGAUUCAUUCAAACGUUUGAAUAAAACGUUUCUUGCGAAUGAUGCGCACAACGAGCUCGCAAUAUCAGAAUGAACUAACUUCAUGGGCAUAAAAUUUAUUCAGGUUAUUGAAGUUUACACAAAUAUCAAAUGGAUGGUUACUUCUGACAACUAUAAUGUGGCUACUAAAACUCCACUGCCUCAGUUGAUGAACGAUGCGAUGAUCGUGGCAAAGCAGAAGGAUUUCGAUGUUUUCAGUGCCUUGGAUGUGAUGCAUAAUGAAGGUUUCCUUAAAGAUCUCAAAUUUGGACCUGGAGAUGGACAGGUUCACUACUACUUGUACAAUUAUAGGAUUCGUAAUGCCAUGAAACCGUCCGAACUCGGGCUUGUGCUCUUGUAGCCAGAUAUGUUUUCUUUUUUAGUUUUUUAUAUCAGUACAUAUUGUUGCUGAAGAAGACUUGUAUCAUCCAAGGAAAAACCAUUCAUUUAUUUUGUUUGAAUUAACAUAACGCAUUUUGAGGUACAAGAAUAUUUAGUCUAAUGAAAUUUUUUGGUUCAAUUCAA